AUUGUAGAUGCCGAAGAAGAAGGGCUUUCGUAUGCGACGCACUCCAAGAUCCAUCAAGCGUAAGAGUGAUGAUAAUGCAUGCAUAUGUUCAGAAAAAUUGCAGCUGUCUGUUGUUGCUGGAACUGAUGUUCGAGCUGCACCACUGAACUGUGAUGUGAAUGCAUUGAUUGCAUGUAGUGUUGUAGCAGCAAUCAAACAUGUCAUUGCUCCUGUAUGUACAUGGGUACACACCGAUGUUGAUGACAUAUGUGUGGAAGGGAGUAAGCUAGCCACAUAUGUAGGUGAGGCAAGCCAGAAAAGAGACCGUAAAAAGGAGUUGUGUAAGUUGAUUGAAGAGCACAAUGUGUUUGGAAAGAAAUGGAAUGUAGAAAUAGGUCUGCCAGUGUACAGAGAUUUUGGAUCCUUAGAAGAGGAGAGUGUAAUGUAUGAAAAGCUGCAAGAAUAUUUGUUGAGAGAUGGAAUGUGUCUGAUAAACCUUCACAGCGCAGUUAGUGCCAUCAUUCAUCACAAAGAUUAUUUUGUGGUGGUUGAUUGUGCCACUCGUGAUGUGUUUGGGAUGGCAUCUGCUAUUGGCACAUCUGUGGCUGUUUUUAACACGUGCUUAAAUGAUCUGAUGGUUCAUAUCAGGCGAGCUCGCGGCGCCAUCUGCAAAAGUGUUCAAAGUGUUCAAGCGAUUCAAAAUGCCAAACGCGAACAGAAUCAGCGCUGUUACUCAACCCUUAUGAAUGGUAUGAAUGGCGAGGGUAGUAAAGACUCUGACAAGUCUUUUGAAAUUGGACUUGAUUUGGCUUCUGCAAAAGAUCUGCCAGCGAAUGUAAAGGCCAUGAGCAAAAGGAAGUAUCAGGAGAAUGUUUUGCAUAAGGAGAAUGUAAAGGCCAUGAGCAAAAGGAAGUAUCAGGAAAAUGUUUUGCAUAAGGAGAAUGUAAAGGACAUGAGCAAAAGGAAGUAUCAGGAGAAUGUUUUGCAUAAGGAGAAUGUAAAGGGCAUGAGCAAAAGGAAGUAUCAGGAAAAUGUGUUGCAUAAGGAGAAGGUAAAAGACAUGAGCAAAAGGAAGUAUCAGGAAAAUGUGUUGCAUAAGGCUAAGGUAAAUGUAAUUAGUAAAAGAAAAUAUAGGUUAAAUCAGGUGCACAGGCAGAAUGUAAAGGCCAUUAGUACAAGAAAGUAUCAUGGAAGCCCUGAGCAUAAGAAGCGCGUUAAAGCAGGUAUGAAAAUUAAAAGGCAAGAAAUUAAAGUAAAAGCAGAACAGUUUGAUUUUGUAAUGCAACGGUUUUUGGAUUUAGUUAAAAAUGGGCCAGAUUUUGUUUGUUGUGUUUGCCAACGAUUGUUGUUUCGACAUCAAGUUUUAAAUUGUAAUAGAGAUUAUUAUAACAGAAAAGCAAUAGCGUCAAUUUCAGAUAAAUGUAUAACUGAAGAAUAUCUGCACAAAUGUAAUAAGAAUUGUGUAAUGCCAUGUCAGUGGCUGGAUAGUCCUAGGGGCAAGCUAUGGAUUUGUUACACGUGUCAUUAUAAAAUUAAGAAAGGUGAAAUGCCACCUGAAUGUGUGACAAACAAUUUGAGGGUUCAUCCCAUUCCACCAGAAUUGGCAUGUUUGAAUAGCUUAGAACAACAUUUGAUUGCUUUACAUAUACCAUUUAUGAAGAUGUUAGCAUUACCUAAAGGGGGGCAAAAUGGAGUACAUGGGCCUGUAACAUGUGUUCCUGCAAAUAUUGUGCAAACUUCUAAUUUGUUGCCUCUUCCUAGUAUGGAAGGAUCUUUGCUGCCUAUUAAAUUGAAGCGCAAGUUAACUUAUAAAGGUCAUUAUAAAUAUCAGUUUGUUGACACUAUGCACAUAAGACAAGCUUUAAAAUGUUUGAAACAAAUAAAUGUGCAUUAUAAAGAUGUAGAGUUUAAUGAAGUUUGGCUAAAUGGGUUUUGUAGGGAUCAAGAUAAGGAGGUUUUAGGAAAGGAUAGUGAUACACAUGCAGAAAGUAGUGAAGCAUCUGUAGAUGUUGGUGAAGAUGAGCUACUGCAUGAUAGACAGCAUCAUUGCAUGUUCCAGGACACAUGUCUCAUGCCUGUUGACAUUGGUCAAGAAGCACUAGAUCACUAUUUUGAUGAUAUAUUGAAUCUCGCACCAGCAGAAGGGAAUAAUCCUGUUAAAUUGCUUUCUGGUCUUGCAAAUGAAGCCAAAUGCUUUCCAGUGUUAUUUCCACUGGGAUGUAAUGCAUAUCAUGAAAGUCGAGAUAACCGUUUGACAUUGUCACGGUAUUUUAAUAACCGAAUUUUACAUGCUGAUGGUAGGUUUGCACAAAAUGUAGAAUACAUAUUUUUUGCUCAGUACAUGUCUGAAAUUGAACAGGUUGUGUCAAAUGUAUCGACUGCUUUGCGUAAAGGAAAAGGAGGUUGUAUGUCUCAAAAAGUUGGUGAUAUACUGAAGAAUGAGGAAUCUUUAAAGAAACUGUUAGAAUUUGAUGAUGGGUAUCGUUUCCUUAAACCUAUUCGAGGAACCCCAGCGUUUUGGCAGACAGCACAACGUGACCUCCUAGCUUGUGUUCGUCAGCUUGGUGUCCCUACUUGGUUUUGUUCAUUUUCUUCUGCUGAUAUGCGAUGGAAAAAUCUUCUUUUAAGUAUUUUGAAACAGGAAGGAAGAACACAGACGGUUGAAGAAUUACAAUGGGCAGACAGGUGUGAGCUGCUGCGUCGUAAUCCUGUCACUGCAGCAAGAAUGUUUGAUUUUCGGUGGCAUUGCUUUUUAAGGGAGGUACUUAUGUCUUCAUCCCAUCCAAUAGGUAAAAUUAAGGAUUACUUUUACCGUGUGGAAUUUCAGCAGCGUGCUUCACCUCAUGUCCAUUGCCUGUUUUGGAUUGAGAAUGCUCCAGUGAUUGAUAAAAACACAGAUGAAGAGGUAAUUCAAUUUAUUGAUAAAUAUGUAACAUGUGAAUUACCAUCACAUGAUGACACAUUAUUGGACAUUGUGACAUCUGUGCAGCAGCAUUCAAAGCGACAUUCCAAAACGUGUAAAAAGAAAAAUACUAUUUGUCGUUUUAAUUUUCCCAGGCCAACAUCUGGUCGGACAUUUAUAGGUCAUGGUAAAAGUGAUGCAAAAAAACAGUGUAAGUGUCAGGUAGAUAAGACUGAUAACUUUACAGAAUGUGCAUGUGUAAAUAAAGGUCAGACAGAUUUUAAAAUGAACAGAGAGCAGGCAGUUGAGAUUUUGUCAGCCAUCAAGAAGGCUCUUUCAGAUGAGAACAGUAACUAUGAUGGUGUGGAACAGUUGUUUAAACAUUUAGGCAUAAAUCAAGAAACUUUUGAUGCUGCAUAUAAAUGCUUUAGUCGAAAUACACAAGUUGUGUUGAAAAGACAAGUUAAUGAGGUUUGGGUAAAUCAAUAUAGCAAGGCACUGUUAAAAUGUUGGAAUGCAAACUUAGAUAUCCAGUAUGUUGUUGAUGCGUAUGCUUGUGUGGUCUAUAUAAUUUCUUAUAUAUCAAAGUCGGAAAGGGAGAUUGGAUUGUUGUUAGGUAAUGCCCAAAGAGAAGCACGUAAAGAGAACAAUGUUAGUGCAAAAGAUGCAUUGAAAAAUCUAGGCAGUGUUUACUUGCAUAACAGAGAUGUGUGUGCUCAAGAAUCUGUGUAUAGGUUAACAAAUAUGCAUCUGAAGGAGUGUUCAAGGAAAGUUGCAUUUGUGCCAACAGGAGACAAUGUAGUUAAAAUGAGUCUUCCUUUAAGUGUUUUGAGGCAAAAGGCAACAUCACAUGACCUUACCACAGAAGACAUGUGGAUGACUAGUAUUACAGAUCGUUAUAAGAAUAGACCAAAUGAUUUGAACAAUAUGUGUAUGGCAACAUUUGCAUCAGAAUAUCGUGUUUUAAGUAAAAAUGAAAAAUCCCUGACUCAGCUUAAAUUAAACAAUAAUUGUGGUUUUAUCACAAAAAGAACACGAACAAAACCUGCAGUAGUUUGUUAUGUGCGCUUUUCGGAGGGAAAAAAUCCAGAACCAUAUUAUCAAAGCAUUAUGCAGUUGUUUCUGCCAUAUCGUUUUGAUGUGCAGCUAAAACCUCCAAACUGUGAAACAUUUGAACAGUUUUACAAGAAUGGUCAUGUGACAUUUAGUGAUGGAUCUAGACAUUCAGUCAAGUCAGUUGUUGAUUUAAAUAGAAAGAAGUUUGAAAUGGAGGCAGAUGAAUUAGAUAACAUACAGAAUACAACUGAAAGUGAUGGUGUAAUAGAAGAUGGCUGGUGUGACCUGUGCCCAGAGCAAGAGUUAGAGCGUUUACUGUGCAAAGAGGAAAUGAAAGACAAAAGACAGCUAGUGCAAGAACAUGAGGAAAACAUUCCCGAUUUAGCAAUAAAUAAUCAAAAAGUUGCACAUUUGGAAAAGAAAAAAAAUAUGUGUAGAAGUGAUGGUUUGGCCUUAAUUAGAUCUUUGAAUGAUACACAGUUAUCUAUUUUUUAUCAGAUUCGACAGUGGUGCUUAGAUAAGAUUAUGGGAAAAAAUCCAGAUCCGUUACAUGUAUUUAUUACAGGUGGUGCAGGGACAGGAAAAAGCCACUUAAUAAAAGCUAUUCAAUAUGAAGCAAUGAGAUUAUUGUCAACAGUGUGUCGUCAUCCUGACAAUGUUUGCGUUUUGUUAACUGCUCCUACAGGGAUUGCUGCAUACAAUUUGCAUGCAGCAACUAUUCACAAGACAUUUAGCAUUGGGAUAGAUGUUCGCUUACUAUACACACCUUUGGGUGAGGAAAAGCUCAAUUGUUUGCGUGCUAAAUAUAGUGACCUGCAGAUUUUGAUAAUUGAUGAAAUAUCCAUGGUUGAUCACAAUCUUUUAGCAUAUAUUCACGGUAGACUAAGACAGAUUAAACAAACUGGUGACUUUUCUCCCUUUGGAAAUGUGAGUGUAAUUGCUGUUGGAGAUUUUUUUCAGUUGCCUCCAGUAAAAGGAAAACCCUUGUAUGUUGAUGACAUCGGUAUUAACCUGUGGUCUACUCUGUUUUCAGUUGUGGAAUUGAAAGCAAUAGUUAGGCAAAAAGAUAAUAUGUUUGCAGAGCUUUUAAACAGAAUACGAACUCGUACAAAAGGCACUCCAAUGUUAAACAGUGACAUUGACUUGUUGAAAAAAUGUGAAACUGGUGAAGUCAGCUCAGUUUUACACAUAUUUCCUACAAAUAAACAGGUAAAUGAGCAUAAUGUUCAGCAGCUAUUUAAAACUUGUCCUGAAUAUUUUGAUAUAGAUGCUCAGGAUUUUAUAAAUAAUAACAAGACAGGGAAACUUGAAUUAAAAAGUGGUCAUCAUUCCAAAACGCAUAAUACAUGUUUGAAUGAAAUACUGCUUUUAGGAAAAGGUGCUCGUGUGAUGUUGUGUAAAAAUGUCGAUGUAAUGGAUGGUCUGGUUAAUGGGGUGUGUGGCACAGUAACAGACAUAGUUUAUCGUAACAAUGAUAACAAGUUCCCUCAAACAGUGUAUGUUAAAUUUGAUGACAAUCAGGUUGGUGCACAAAGGAGAAAAUGUUGUGCAAGUGCUUCAGCUGUUGUAAUGGGUUCUACAGGUAUUGAUCCGGAAGAGGAAAGGGUUAAUAAUAAAGGUGGAUUACGACAUCAAUUUCCACUAAAACUUGCUUGGGCUUGUACAGUACAUAAAGUGCAAGGAAUUAGUGUUGAUGAAGCUGUAGUGUCCCUUAAAAAAAUAUUUGCACCUGGACAGGCAUAUGUGGCAUUAAGUCGUGUUCGAAGUUUGUCAGGUUUGAUUAUUCAGGAUUUUGAAGAGAAGGCUGUGUACUGUAAAGAAACCAUUAAGAAUGCAAUUCAGAGCAUGCCCAGAUUUUUUAUUAAAAAUAUACCAAACCACAAAGUAAAUACACAAGCUUUCAGUGUGUUUUUGAUGAAUGUGCAAAAUUUAAGCCAACAUUUAGCAGAUUUGGUUUCGUGUACUCAGCAUUUGCAGCCUAACUGCAUUGCUGUUACUGAAACAUGGUUACCUGCAGCUAUCUCAUUUGAAACCGUAAAGAUUGACGGUUAUAGUUUUCAUGGUCACUCACGAAGUUUAUCUUACAGUAGCAGUAACCCAACAUUAAUUGAAAUACAAGCGCAACAACAUGGUGGUGUUGGCAUGUAUAUUUCAGAAAAUUUGGCAUAUAAAGUUGUCCAGGUACAAAAUGUCAAUUUAGAAUGUUUAGUCUGCCGCUUUACUAUACACGAUAUAUUAAUAGCCGUUAUUUAUCGGCCACCAUCUUAUCCCAUGUCUUUGUUUAAAGAAAAUCUGGGCAAAUUACUUGAUUGGCUAGAGCCCAUAAGUAGUACAAUUGCUGUCAUGGGAGAUUUCAAUGAUAACAUUUUAAAGUCUUCAACAAUCUGCAAGUUUAUAACGGACAGAGGGUUUGUUCAACAUGACACAACAGAAAAGGGAACAUUAAUUGAUCAUGUAUAUGUGAAAACAACAUAUUAUGAUGUAGAAUCAACUGUGCUUCCAACAUAUUUCAGUGACCAUGAGGGUAUUUUAUGUUCUUUUACAUCUAAUACUUUUAGCAAUGAAGAGGAAUAAUUUGACCAGUUGUAGGUUUAACUGUUCAG